AUGGACGGUGCUGUGGUACCUCCAGCAGUCCUAGUAGUUCACUCAGUCGGACAGUCCCAGCAAAGGGAAGCCGGACGCAUGAGAUUCACGAACGUGCAGAUCGAGGGAGAGGCAGUAGCCAAGAAUUUUGAUCAUCGAUUGGGAGGCUUUAUCGAGAUGUUCAAUACAGCUAUUGCCAACUACAGCCUAAGUGUUCGUGGCGUGCGCCACAUAGAUGAGUUUUCCACAAUCUACGGAAGGAUGAUGGAGGAAAAAGAGUUCGACGAUGAGACCAGUCCUAUCGAGUGUUUCAAGGCGCUCGUGUUGAAUCGUUAUCGUGACGCCAACUUCAAGGCCUCCGACGACUUUUCCGUUCGCCAAAGGUGCCCGCUGGUACAAGAACAUCCUCCGACUUCCGACGACCAAGACGAUAGUAAUUAUCGUCUCCGUCUGCAUCUUGCCAGCUUCGUUAGGGGUCUGCAGACAACCAAGUUGGUGAUACUUGCAGCGGUCAUGGCAUCGCAACUCAUCAGAGGGACAGGAAAUGAUGGAAUCGCGGUCACGACCAGAUUUCGUCCCCUCCAGACGGACUUCGCGGAAUGCUGUGUCUGUGAUAUCUUCCGUUACAACUUUCGUAUUUAG